GUGACCUCAGCGGAGGUCAGCAGCCGGGAGGGUGGCCUAGAUGGGGUCUUCCACACGCGGGUCUGCAGGUAGCUAGAGGCAGCCAUCAGGACGGCGCUCGGAUGUAUUAAGGACUAGGGUGGUACCAGGCCCCCCAGUGGAUUUCAGUUUGACCGAAAGAUGGAUGCUUUCCUGUAUCAACGGGAGGGAGCAGCCUGGCGAGAUGCCUGCUCCGUGCCUAUUUCUGAGAUCAUCACCGUGGAAGAAUCAGACGUUAACGGGAAGCACUACACCAGUGGAAAAUGGCAGAAAAUGGAAAAGCCUCAUGCUUUUACAGUGCAUUGCGUGAAGCGAGCUCGGCGUCACCGCUGGAAGCGGGCCCAGGUGACUUUCUGGUGUAUUGAAGAGCAACUGUGUAACCUGUGGCUGCAGACCCUGAGAGAGCUGCUUGAGAAGCUGACAUGUAGGCCAAAGCAUUUACUGGUGUUUAUCAAUCCAUUUGGAGGAAAAGGACAAGGCAAGAGGAUCUAUGAAAAGAAGGUGGCUCCGUUAUUUGCUUUAGCCUCCAUCAACACUGAGAUAAUUGUGACUGAACGUGCUAAUCAUGCUAAGGAGAGUUUAUACGAGAUGAAUAUAGAGAAAUAUGAUGGAAUUGUCUGUGUUGGCGGGGACGGCACAUUCAGCGAGGUCCUACACGGCCUGAUCGGAAGGACGCAGCAGAACGCCAGCGUGGACCAGAACCACCCCUGCGCGGCCCUGGUCCCUAGCCCGCUCAGGAUCGGCAUCAUCCCCGCAGGGUCCACAGACUGUGUGUGCUACUCGACGGUUGGGACCAACGAUGUGGAGACGUCAGCCUUGCACAUCGUCCUCGGAGACUCGCUGCCCAUGGAUGUGUCCGCCGUGCACCACAACAGCACCCUGCUGCGUUACUCCGUGUCUCUGCUGGGCUAUGGCUUCUACGGGGACAUCAUAAAGGACAGCGAGAAGAAGCGGUGGAUGGGCCUCGUCAGAUACGACUUCUCAGGAUUAAAGACGUUUCUCUGCCAUCACUACUAUGAAGGAACGGUGUCUUUCCUGCCAGCCCAGCACACGGUGGGCUCACCGAGGGACAGGAAGCCCUGCCGGGCCGGAUGUUUUGUUUGCCGGCAAAGCAAGCAGCAGCUGGAGGAAGAGCAGAAGAAAUCGCUCUACGGUUUAGAAAACACUGAGGAGGUGGAGGAGUGGAAGGUGGUCUGUGGCAAGUUUCUGGCCAUCAAUGCGACCAACAUGUCCUGUGCCUGUCCCCGGAGCCCCGGGGGCCUCUCCCCGGCUGCCCACUUGGGGGAUGGCUCUUCUGACCUCAUCCUCAUCCGGAAGUGCUCCAGGUUCAAUUUCCUGAGGUUCCUCGUCCGGCACACCAACCAGUGCGACCAGUUUGACUUCACCUUUGUUGAAGUGUAUCGUGUCAAGAAGUUCCAGUUUACGUCGAAGCACCUGGAGGACGAGGACACCGACCUCAGGGAGGGCGGCAAGAAGCGGUUCGGGCAGCUGUGCAGAGACCACCCCGUGUGCUGCUGCACCACCUCCAGCAGCUCCUGGAACUGUGACGGGGAGGUUUUGAGCAGCUCUGCCAUCGAGGUCAGGGUCCACUGCCAGCUGGUUCGGCUCUUUGCACGGGGGAUUGAAGAGAACCCGCAGCAAGCCUUGCAAGGCUGAGACGCCCGACGCCCCGUCCACGUCCCUGCCGAACCAGGGCAAGUGUGGGAGUGACAAGAAAACGGACGGGCCGACUGGCGAUACACGCAUUGAACGUUAGACGCUUAUUUUUGAGAGUGAAAUCUUGAUUUUGGGGAAGUGCCUGCGGUCAACAGUGUCACCUGCAUGUUCGCCAUCUUGAGUUCCUGGUGAAUCUUUAGGUUGGGUUUCACAUGACUUAGCAGCAGAUGCAGGGGUGUUGCUCCGUAGAUCUCAACAACGCCAGCCGCGCAGAUUUUGAAGCGGCCCUCCUGCCAUAACCUUACGGACAUGAUAAUAGGGGUGCGUUCCACUGAGGCCACCCCACCCGGGCACAAGGCAGCCAGCACGCCACUCGGGUCAGGCGCAAGACUUGUCCUGUAGUUGUUCGCGGUGGCGUUCUGGAAGGUGGUCGACUCUCCACCUGCCUUUGAUCGUCACCUUAGCUUCUGACUGCGGUCUGACCACGUGGUCCUCCCUGCGCCCUGCAGGUGCCCUGCAGCCGGGCCUGCUGGAGGUGCUCACGAAGCGUUAUGCCUUUCAGUGGUCACAGAGGCACCAGCAGUCACAGUACGUCAUCUUUAAAACCUCAGCCCUUGCUUUCAACCCAGUCUUGCUUCUGAGACAAUUCAGCCGGGGGCAGGAGCCCCGAGGCUCGCUCUGUAAACAGGUGCCAGGAGCCGGGGCUCCCUAAACCGGGGACUCGGCCCCGGGGGCCAGUUGUUGCCGUCAUCGUGUAGGACGCCGAUGCUUCAUGUUGACACAGAGUAGAUAAGAACUGGGCUUUGGGAGGAAACAGGAAAAGCUGGCAUUCCAGAGGUAAAAAACACACCUUGUGAAUUCUUCCUGAACUCGAGAAUCGAGCGCACCGCCCCAGGGCCGGGCACACGUUCCAGCGCGUGGGGUCCGUGGGGCGGGCUCCGAGCCCCCGCGCACAGUCCGGACCUGGGUUUUUCCUGUCUUCACACUUAUUCCCGUGUAUUUAUUGACCGUUCGUCCUUUUCAACCAGAGCGCUGUCAGUGGCGUCUUCGUUGUCUGUGUUUUGUUCCUGACCCGACUGAUCCCCUCAGCUCCCGCUGAAGCGCGUGGGUGCAGGCUGGCUGGAGGAGACCCCGCUGAAGACAUUCCUCCUGGAGCCCAGGGCCACGUCUCAGUCCUGUCUUCGUCUUGUGUUAUUUUUAUUGCUGCCCGUGGGCAUGGCGAAGUGUCUGCAACAUAAUUGUAUUUGAAAUACAGCGAGAGGCAGCUUAAGCUCUGGUUUUUGGGGAGAGGGCUGUUACAGGAGGGCCGUCCCACAACGCUGACCGAGUGGAUGUCACAGGUGACGCAGUGGGUCACUCUGACACUGAGCAGAUGGCCCGUGUCCUCAGACUGCACUCAUGUGGACGCGAAGGUUCCCAUUGCAGCGUUGUCCCCCGGCCCGUCAGGAUAAAAGGCAGCUUUCCCGCGUUGUUCAUGGACCACGUGAUCGGAUGGCUGCAGGGAAAGCCGCCGUUUCUGGUCUGAAUGCUUCGCUCCUGGUUGGAGGCCAGCAGCUUCCUGGGAGCAGGCAGUGGCCGCCUGUGUCCCCGGAGACCCGUGCAGCGCCAGCACACACAGUAGAAGACAUGCAGUGCAUGGCGCUCCCCGGGACCACGGGGUCAGGGACAGUGUCACUCCCAGCCAGGGGGCUGCGGGAGGAGGGUUCCCAGGGGUGCUGCGUAGCCCUGGGACCCUCAGUAUUGCCCCCUUGAAAUUGGGUUACUUCACAGGGUUCCCGCAGAGAUUCCUCAAAGUCUUUAUUGUCCCUGGCAAAUUUUCCCAAUGCACCAUCCGCCCUAAAAUCCACUGCCAAUUGUAGAUACAGGGCCCAGGCCAAGAGUACGCUUUUCUGCUCAACAAGAUACCCCAGCCCUGCCAGGGGGCCACUUUGGAGAUAGCGCUGGUGUCCCCACCAGCUGCAUGCUGACAUUCAAAAGGGCAAACCCAGAAACUUCUCUGGGCUCACGGUGGUGCUGCCCGAGCCCCCAGAUGACCUGCACACGGGGUGGGAGGUGACCCCUCAGACAGGUUGAAUCAAAGGCUCCAGCCCUCAUACAUCCUCACAUAGCUAGAACGUCCGCAGCACCAGUCCUGCGUAGUUUCAAGCAAGAAAAUGGAAGAAAAGUGACGGUUGGCACUAGAACUUAGGCUCACUUGGAAGGUUUGGUCUGUGUGUUGAACUUCCUUGCUCAUUGGUGCAGAAAACCUAGGCAGCAGUCAUGCCCAGGACUUCGUGACUCUCCUGGCGAGGAGUGGGGACCCUCGUAAGCUGCGCCUGCUUCGCGAGGGGCACAGAUUGGACUUGUUCCUUCAUGCAAUCUUGUACGACAGGGAAGUGUCAGUGGGGAAAGGAUUGCUUAAUUUUCUUUCAAAUCUUGCUGGUUUCAAGAUUAGAAAAUGGCACAUUUGACCUGAUAUGUUUGAAAAGACAAAAAUAAAGUUACUUUGGGCAGAA